CUGGUCACUAUUACGUUGUCCGGUGCACGUGGUGAUCGGCUAUCGUAGUAUGCGUUGUCUGUCAAUUUGAUUGAUUUAUAUCUGCACGUCCUCCGACGUGUCCAUCCUAUAUCCCUCCCAUAACCUCAACACAUGGAAGUCAUCCGCAAAAAUGUGAACUCGCUUAGUGAGCAGUUACUCCGUAACAAAAAAACGUCAAGCCGGCCUCUCUCCCUGUUACCAGAAAAUGUGGGUGUUAUGGUCGUCAGCAAGGUUGUGCCUUCAAAGAAGCUACUACGAGUGCAACUGCCCCAUUGCGUCCCAGACCUAUCUGUCUGUUUCCUGGUGAAGGAUACUGAUAAAACGGACUACAACAAAAGUGUGGACGCGUGGAAGUUACGUUGGAAAACCGACUCUAUGAAACGCCAUUUGUCCACACCUUCUAUGCCAACGUUUAUUCCUCUCAGAGAACUUAAACUAGCCUAUCAGCCGUUUGCUUCCAAACAGCGACUGGCAGCUACUUUUGACCUGUUUUUAGCUGACCGUCGAAUUGUGCAUCAUCUUCCGUCGAAAUUGGGCAAAGCCUUUUACGGGUGCGGCCGGGGCAAGAUCCCCGUCCCGGUCACGCUGACGAAUUGUAACGUCGUAGACGUUCUAGAAAAGGAGCGCAGCACGAUACUCUUUCAAAUUCGGGGUUUGGGCAGUACAGAAUGCGUACCAGUUGGAGAUCUCCGUCUCUCACUGUCCCAACUCAAAGACAAUAUUCUGACGGUGUGCAAGAGAAUUUGCAAAGACUGGCCUGGUGGUGGGCUGUGUAACGUCCGUUCUAUCUACAUUCAAUGUCCAGGUGGGAACAUUCCUCUUUAUUUCGACGCUACUGAGUUACCAUUGGAGACGAUCGUCGCGGAGAGUAGUCAACUGGUCAAAACAAGAGAGUUAAAUCCACCUGGUAAACAGCCCACCAAACAACUGACGAUGGACCUUCUAUCACGCGUCGCAGAGGACUUGCCGCUUCCAACCGGAGGGCUUGAGGAAAUCGUUGCUAAAGCCAAAAAGGCGCGAAAACUUAAGCGGCUUGGUCAGACUGGAAAAGUGCGGAAACCACGCAAAGCUUGAGAAUCUUGUCUCAUGUUCUACCGUGUAUAGAUUUAAUAAAUGCACUCAACUUGAG